AUGACGACGCUGAGAAUUUUGGCGAAAUCUUCCGAAUCACCAGCAUCCAAUCUCCGGAACAAGGCAUGGGAUGAGAUUGCACACCAAGAUGGUGUGGAAACACUGCUGAAUAACCUUUCCGCAGUAGAUCGACAACAGCAUCAUCGAGGUCUACAUAGUGAGAAGGGAAAGAUCCUAAUACCGGUAUACGAACAGCUCUACCAAUGGAUAUCCUCAUUAUCCGAGUACAAGGCAUUCGAUGGGGAUUUGAUCCGCAUACUAUGGAUUAUUGGUACUCUAGGAACUGGCAAAUCGAUCUAUAUGUCAGCUAUCAUGUGGGCACACUCUCGACAAAACAAUAAGCGCUUUCUUCCAUUACACUUAUCGCUUUCGCGGGAUGGCAACGGACAACAGAAGCCAGAAAAUGCUGCAUCCGCGAUUAAGAGUCUCAUUCACGCAAUAUUGAUGAAACAAAGCUGUUUGGUCGAUAUUAUAGCGGAUGAGCUCAAGUCCAUAGGCAGAAAGCAUCUCUCUUAUGCGAGCGACUUUUAUGCUCUGUCUCUGAUUCUCAAUAGAAUGGUGCAGGACGAAAGAUUCCAGCCUACUUUGGUUCUAAUCGAUGGCGUGGAUGAAAUCAGAGGAGGGGGCAAUGAUUUCAAUCGCUUCUUGAAGCUGAUAAGGACUACUAUUAGUAUUUCAUCUAGGAUCAAAUGGUUACUAUCAGCUGAUAGCUUGCCAUCGCUAAACGAAAUAAAUAUGGCUGAACAAAUAAGCCUCAAUGAAGAUUACACAAACAAUUUGGCAAUCUUCAACGAUUAUUAUAUUCCUUCUAAGAUCGAAGAGCUCACACUCUAUGGAAAUUAUUACGACGGAGAGUUGCGACAUCAAAUAACGGAAUUGCUACAAAAUGUAUCAUCCGGGGACUUCUUCUGGGCGGAUAUGGCAUGCGAAGUUAUUAAGCGGGCGGAUUCAUGGCAUGUUCAGUAUAUUCUAAAACAAUUACUGGAUUACCGAAAUUCCUCUGACCCAAAGUCUAACCCAUAUUCUCUUAUGAUGGACAACAUCAAUCAGCUACCCUUUGGAGACAACGACUAUUGCUUGAAAAUACUUGGAGCAAUAGCUGAGGCCUAUCAGCCUAUCAAUCUCGCAGAGCUUAGGGUGCUCGUGAAUCUAUCACCAGUGGUUGACAUUGAAACUCUGAUUAUAAAGCACUGCUUUACCUUUCUGGACCUUUGUUGUGACUCAGUAUGCUUCACACAUCACUCAGCCAGAGAAUUUUACAUUGAUCAUAUGACUGAGUUGUCGACGCAACUAACUGGGCAGGCGGUCGAUUUUAUGACUAAAUAUUUGUUGAAAUGGUCAGAUCUGCUCGUCUCGUUAGGCGGACUAUCUCAAGCUUGCUACCUGAUGCUAGACUUGGAGACGCUCCUCAAGAAAGAUUUAGAAGCUAAGAUUAAGUCUGACAAAUAUUGCAUCAAUGCCACCUACCUCCGGACCUUUAUUAGCCAUGUUCACGAAGCGCAGAAGUUUCUUGAUUUCCACAAGUCCAUGGAAAAUCCAGCCAAACUCGGAGCCAGAAACACUCUUCUUUUCGGUCCUCUCAAUAGCAGAAUACGACAAGAAUUGUUACAUAAAGAGAUGCCACAAUUGGAAGUCUCGCCGAUUCUAGAUCACGAUUGGAAUCCCGCCGUCCGUGUUCUCCAAGGGCAUACCGACCAUGUUCGCUGCUGUGCCUAUUCCAGCGAUGGACAAUAUGUAGCUUCUGGGUCUGAUGGCGGUUCCGUGAGUAUUUGGGAUGCAAAAAUGUGCAAAAUCCAACACACGCUCCGAGGGCUUUCCCGCCGUGUAUACCAUUUGGCCUUCUCUUCUCUAGGAGUUAUCGCCGCCUCCGAUCAACAUCGCAUUGCGAUCUGGAAUGUUAGCGACGGAAAACGUCAUAAAUCAACAACCAACCAGUAUUUUGAUCCCGGUCAUACGGGGGUUGUGAGCUGUUUCACCUUUUCGAAUGACGGACGCAAGUUAGCUGCGGCGGUAGGUAAAGACAUCAAGAUCUGGGACAUGUCAACCUACUCUCUUCUUGCACUGCGGGAUGCAUCCCAACAAGGAUCCUGGAUUAUGGGAUUGAACUUCUCCAACGAUGACGCCUUGCUUGCGUCGACAUCAGGAAACUGUGUGUUCAUCUGGAGGGUGGAUACAGAUAAGCCUCCCUUUAAGAAAAUUUUGAAAUUACAAAAAUCAAGACAGCUUCUUCUACCAAAGAAUCAUGAGUGGGCUUCUAAUGUAGCAUUUUCACACAACUCCAAGUACGUGGCUACUGGAACUGGCAACGACGUCUGCAUAUGGGACUUACAAGCCGACGGAGAACCAAUAAUUAUCUCUGGACACAAAGACGUCGUCAACGCAAUCGCGUUCUCUCCUGACGGCUCUUACCUGGCAUCAGCGUCAGCGGAUAUGACGGUCAGGAUUUGGGAGGCCCCGUGGGAUGGCGAGCAUAAACAAGCUCGAUUGCUGUUGCGCGGGCACUCGAGGAUGGUGUACGGCUUAUCCUUUUCUCCAUUGGAGUCUAAGAAACGCAUCAUCAGCUGUUCAGCGGACGGAACACUUCGCAUUUGGGACUAUAGCCAUGACCUGAUAAAACCAACUGCGGAAACACCCGUUGAGGUUGGCGCAGAGACUGAUCCACAAGCUUCAGCUCAUACAUGGGCCAUAUCAUGUAUAGCCUUUUCGAGCAAUAACAAGCUCAUUGCUUCGGCCUCGGAGUCGAGUGACGGUGUAAUCUGCCUCUGGGAUGGAGAGUCAGGGAGUUUCCAAAGACAAUUACGUGCGCAUGGCAACGAGGUCCUGUCGCUUGACUUCUCACGCAACUCCCGAUAUCUCCUUUCGUCAUCUGGAGAUCACACCGUCAAAAUCUGGGACAUGGAGAGUGAAAAUGGUUCACAGCAGCUCUCACUUCAGCAUGCUGACUGGAUAGGGUGUGCCGUCUUCUCACAAGAUGGUAAAUCUGUAGCAUCGGGGUGCGAUGACAAUAUGGUGCGCGUGUGGGACAUUCAGCGUCUGAUUGAUGGGAGGAACUCUUCAAAGGCCGACGAUAGCGUUGAUUGUUGCAAGUAUAUACUCGAGGGUCAUGACGAGCGUGUCACAUCGGUUGUGUUUUCCGAAAACGGGAGAUUUGUGGCGGCUGGCGGUGACUACAACGGAGUUCUUUACUGGGAUCUCAGGCCGCAGGAUCCUAAAAGCGUGGCCCAGCCAGCAAAGGUUCUCAUGCAACGAGGACCGGAUACGAUCGUCUCAUUGGUGUUCAAUUCCGAUGCAAGCAGCCUCAUUGCUUGCUCUUCGCACCAGAUCUGGAUAUGGGACACUGCGUCAAGCCAGUGCGUCACGGCAAAGUGCAGCGUUUCGCUUUCCGCCUUGCAGCUCAAUCCUGCAUAUCCAGAGUAUAUAGUGACGGGAACCGGUCCAAUCCUGAUAGAGGACAUUCUGGGGUGUGACGAGGUGCGUAUAACGCCCACGGAAUGGUGUCCGUGUAGUUUCACCAGCUUUGAUGAGGAUUCUGCGGGGAGCAUCACUUGGCAGGGCAAGGAGAUGAUAUUCUUGCCAAAGGAGGAACGCGAUAUUCUUUUGGAAAAGUUAUCGUCUUGCAAAAGGGUCAUGCGAGUGCGGGACCGUAGAGUUGUGGUUGGGCGUGCAUCAGGUCGGGUGCUGUUCUUUAGAUUCAGGGAGGUGGCGAAGUUCGACGAUUCGUCGUAG